CGUUUAGUUUGCACACAUUUGGCUUACUAUAUCCCUCCGCAAAGUUGGAUAGUUCUUGGAGAAGUCAUGAUGAAGGUUCCGGUUUCUCUUAAUUAAAUCUCACUCUGUGGCAGGUGCGUGUAUUGGUGCUUUAUUAACUCCUGCACAGACAAAAUGCCGCCGAGACGUACUAAAAAGGAUGCUCAAAGUGAUUUGGACCUGGACAUGCGUCGGAGCAAACUCACCCUCUUCAUCCAACAGUUUGAAAAAGAAGCACAGGAGCGCAUGAACGAGCUGGAAGCCAAACUGGAGAACACAUUGGCCACUGUUGACAAAGUGUUCAAGGUGGAGCUGAUGAAGAUGCCUCCUUCUCUUAAAAACACACUGAUGGGAGACCUACUCAGCGUAGAGGAAAUCUCAGCAGGUGAAGUGUCCAUUGCUAUGAAGACUGAGUCCCUUGAGAUCCAACAGCCCCUCAGGAGGAUGCCCAGCAAAAGAGUGAAAUCGACUGAUUCUCCACCUGUUGGGUCCAGCUCUACCUCAAAGUCUUCAGCCAAGACCUCAAAGGGAGGAAGAGGAGCAAAAAAGACCAGAACUGGCAGCAAGACCACUGGAAACUUCAGGGGAACCUCAGUCAGUAUCAAAAGAAGUGAAAGUCUUAAGAGUGGCGACCACGACGCUUCAGCCAGACCUCAGCUCAGGUCUGUCGUCUCCACCGGUGAUCUGCCCUGUUCCAUGUCCAGAUCUGCGGCAUACAUCAGCCUAACCACAGCACAGGGACACACUGUCUGCUUCUCUGAAGAAACAGAGGAAGAACUGAACCUGGAUUUGCUGGAUGAUGUGGCGUGGUGUCACAUAGAGAAGCUCAAGAAAAUGAUGGAUCGUCUUUCAAGUCGUUGCCAGCGAUGAAGUCUUUGUCUUAUUGGGUUUUUAAAAAUAUUAAAUUUGAUCUUGUUUCAAAAAUAAAGUUUGUAUCUUUAAGUGUUAAAGAGCUUGAACUCUUUUUCUAGUGACUUCCAAAUUAAUUUCUCUACAUUUAACUCUUCUUAAAUGAUUUAUCACCAUUUAUAAUAUACUGGA